CGCCGGACUACAACUCCCAGCGGGCCGUGCGUGAGAAGGCAGGCGGGCCCCCUUGUCGGAAGUCCGCUCUAGCCCUGAGCCCCCCAACUGCAGCCAGAGCCAGAGCCCUCCAGUCACCACUGGAUCGGGGCCGCUGGGGUCCGGACAGGGGUCGCCAUGAUCCGCUUCAUUCUUAUCCAAAACCGGGCGGGCAAGACCCGCCUGGCCAAGUGGUACAUGCAGUUUGAUGACGACGAGAAACAGAAGUUGAUAGAGGAGGUGCACGCCGUGGUCACCGUCCGCGAUGCUAAGCACACCAACUUUGUGGAGUUCCGGAACUUCAAGAUCAUCUACCGACGCUACGCUGGCCUCUACUUCUGCAUCUGUGUGGACGUCAAUGACAACAACCUGGCCUACCUGGAGGCCAUCCACAACUUCGUGGAGGUCUUAAAUGAGUAUUUCCACAAUGUCUGUGAGCUGGACCUGGUGUUCAACUUCUAUAAGGUUUACACAGUUGUGGAUGAGAUGUUCCUGGCCGGCGAGAUCAGAGAGACCAGUCAGACAAAGGUGCUGAAACAGCUGCUGAUGCUGCAGUCGUUGGAGUGAAGAGGGCAGGCGUGCCGCUCCUGGACCCCAGCCUCCCCGGACUCACCCCUUGUUUCCCCUUGCCGGGCCUGGGGCCUGCCCCCAGCCACCCCCUGCCCCAGCCGCCAGGGAGGAAGGGACCCAGCUGGGUCUGGGACACAAGGGAGGGGGCUGCCCCCAACUCCCCUUUGGGCCCCAGCUGUGGGUGGUGGCCACCUCGCGUGUAUCGAGUAACCAUGCCAUUGUCAUGUGAUGCUGUGAGUGUGUGUGUGGAGCCCCCAAUAAACCCGUGGCCCCCGCCUGGCCUCGCCUUCUCUGA